UUGCUUGCUAGCUAGAAAGUUGCGAGUGUAACAUUUUGAAAAUUGGUGCUAUCUAACGUAGCUAAUUUAAUGUUAGCUCACACUAUUAACUAGCUAAGUUAAAGAAACAGCCAACGAUGGAACUUUCAUAUCAAGCCAUCAAAACGGCGAACCAAGCCAGAGAGACGGAUGAGAUGCGAACAGAGGCCAGAAGAAGGAGUCUGUUGAUUCUAAUUUUCAACUAUUUAAUUGAGGAAGGGUAUAUGGACACAGCCAGUGCUUUAGAACAAGAAACCAGCUUGGGCUUGCGCCGGUUUGAAGUCUGUGACAAUGUGGAUUUACAUACUAUCCUCAUGGAGUACGAAAGUUAUUAUUUUGUGAAGUUCCAGAAGUACCCCAAGCUCACAAAGAAAUUACCAGAAGCAGGGGAAGGCAGAUGUGCAAGAAGUUGCGGUAAAAAGAGGACCUCCUAUACAGCAACUCAGGCAUUGCCCAGAAUACACUCUGUUCAGCGACCCCAGUCCAGGGGUGGGAUUAAGAAGACAGAGUCAAAAACGGCCGCCAGGGACACCGAUAAAGUCAACAGUGAGAAUGGACAGUCACUUCCACCAGACACAGCAGAUUUUGGCUUAAAUGUGUCACCCAUCGCCCGAAACGGAGCGGCAGAAGGGACACAGCUGAAGCGGGGUCACUUGGUGGACUUUCGAGGCCUGAUCCAAGAUGCCAUUAAAGGGGCUUCCUAUAACACAGCAGUGAAUGGUUUUACCUGCAACCCUGACCCGUCGGAACGCUUGCUGAAACCACUCAACGCCUUCAGUGGCAUGAACAGUGAGAUGAGGGAACUGGCCAUGGUUAUCAGCAGGGAUAUCUAUUUACACAACCCCAACGUGAGGUGGGACGACAUUAUCGGGCUGGAAGCCGCCAAGCGAUUAGUCAAAGAGGCUGUCGUCUACCCCAUUAAGUACCCACAGCUGUUUACAGGGAUCCUGUCCCCAUGGAAAGGCCUGCUGUUGUACGGACCUCCUGGCACAGGGAAGACUCUUCUGGCUAAGGCUGUGGCCACUGAGUGUCAAACCACAUUCUUCAACAUUUCCACAUCUAGCAUUGUCAGCAAGUGGAGAGGAGACUCGGAGAAGCUAGUCCGGGUUCUUUUUGAGUUGGCCCGGUUCCAUGCCCCAUCUACCAUCUUCCUGGAUGAGCUGGAGUCAGUGAUGGGCCAGAGAGGGGUCGGACAGGGUGGAGAGCAUGAGGGCAGUCGUAGGAUGAAGACAGAGCUCUUGGUCCAGAUGGAUGGACUUGCACACUCCGAUGACCUUGUCUUUGUGCUGGCGGCCUCCAACCUACCCUGGGAGCUGGACCACGCCAUGCUGCGUCGGCUGGAUAAGAGGAUCCUGGUUGGGCUGCCCUCGAACCCUGCCCGACAGGCAAUGAUUGCUCACUGGCUGCCACCCGUCAGCAAUUCAGGUGGAGUCGAACUACGUACAGAGCUGGACUACAGCUUGCUUGGACAGGAGACGGAAGGUUACUCUGGCUCGGAUGUAAAGCUUGUGUGCAAGGAAGCAGCUAUGAGACCAGUCCGGAAAAUAUUUGACGCUCUUGAAAAUCACCAAGAAGGUGACUCCAAGAUGCCUACUAUCCAGCUGGACACUGUGACAACAGCAGACUUUCUGGAUGUGAUCGCUCACACCAAACCUUCAGCCAAGAACCUUACAGAAAAGUAUGUCGCCUGGGAGAGGGAAUACGAGUCUGUGUGA